AUGUCUGUUGCUGCUAACCGGGCGGAGCGCCAGCAGAUGCGCCAGCGAGGAGCCGCGAAUCGCAAGGUCAAAGACGUGGAUUUCGGCUUCUCUUUUGGUUCUCCUUCGUUGCCUCUUACACAACCUACUCCAUCAUUAUCAGUCGCCAUCAGUGCCAGACCCGCUCAUGCAUCCUCCUCGAAACCUUCCACGCCCAAUAAGAAGCUUUCUCGGCCUUCGACGCCGCAUUCGCGACGUAGCUCGUCUAGAAAACAAAGCACUACGCCGAAAACAAGAGCACCGGGAAGCAGGGGCACAAUACCCUCACCGCUCUCUGUAUUUGAUAUUCCGCCAGAAGACGAACCGGAGCAGAGAAGCUCUAAGCGCAGGCGAAUAACGCCAUUUCAAACAAUUGAGGAGGAUGUUCCCCUAGACUUAGGCAGCCCCCAUAGCGAUUUCGUGAAAUCUGUUGGAAAAUUUGUAAUUGAGCAACAACCCCAAGCAAAUGCUGCCGAACCCAUACCUACUCCCCAAGUGGGAGAUUUGCAACCGAAUGAACAAUUGUUGGAAGGAGGAUUGGCCCCGAAGCACACCCCGAUUCCGCCACCACGACAGAACACAUCGCCCAUUGCGGAAAACGAUAGUCCUAAUCAAGGAGAAAACGCCGAGAAAAAUCAUACGCCUGGCUCAGAACGCAAGAGAAAAAAGAGAAAGUCUGUGCGCCUGCUUCCCAAGAAGCAUCCAAAGGUACAAUUCCGUUCCAGUCCAAAGGAUUCUCCGCAGCAAGCAUCGGCUGAGGAAGUUGAGCCUCCUGGACUCGUUAAAAAGAAACAAGCUUCUGCUGAAAAAACCAAUACUGCAAAUCUCACUCCACAGCAGUCUCCGUCCGCUAAAACAAAUGAUCCGAAUUUGACCAACGAAAUCGCGUCAAAUCUGCACAGAGGAGAGGUAGAAAACGAAUUCCCUACACUUCUAGGAGGGCAGGAAGUAGAAUCUACAGAAGGUCCUGGGAUUAAAGAUGUUGAGCCGCAAAAAUCAGAAUCUAGAGUUCCUGAAGCAGAAACGGCUCAAAAAUCAAAACCGACGGGGCGCAAACAAAAGAAAAAGGCCCGCCUAGCUAAAUCCUCAGCUAAAACGCUUGAGGCAAAUCAGGAGGAUAUUGAACAGGACGGGAGAGCGCAGCCGGAAUAUGCAGCUACGCCGGAUCACAGACUAAAACGAAGACAUAAGAAAGAAAAGCAUGCGCCUUCGAAUGCCAUAAAGACGGCUUCUAAACACGAGAGACCCAGAAACAAAAAUACUGUGCCGGUCACUGUUCACCGCCUCGCAAAUGUCACCGCGCUGGAAACGUUAUCGGAGUCGGAUGAUGCGUCUGACAACGAGCGACCCGCGCCAGAGAAACCUGCCAAACACUACAAACACUUGAACCGCGGCGGCAUCAAUGCUGUGGACGUUCUCAGCCAAGUCUGUCGAGAGACCUUGGAGAAGACUGUGUCUGCACUCGAAACAAAUAUCGAACAGGAGGCGAAUACCAGUCGCGCUGGCGAAUGGAAACGUAAAUGUAACGCGGUUCUGGAAUUUGGAACGGAGCUGGAGAACUCGCUGUUUAGUAUUAGUGAAUUGUUGGAAAGCAAUUUUGGGCUGGCUACGCGGUGGAAGUCGGAGAAGAAAGAUGUGCUCAGCCUGAGACAUAGGCUACUGAGCGUACGGAAGGAGAGGGAGGAUGUUGCGCUGCGAAUUGACGAGGUCCGCAGGCAAUAUGCGGAUGAUGAGCGCCAGAGAGUGGUAAGUCUGAAAUGCUCUUCAUACAUGCCUCCCGUUGACCCGAAAACCAUUGCAUUUCAGCUGACCCAGCACCAGAAGCAUGACUCGCUCAACAACUCCCUACAUGACCUUCAGCUCGCCCUUGAUCGAAACCAGAAACGUAGCCAAGACUCGGCGGACGGAACUACACUUGGGGGCCUUGAAUUCCUUCUCCGAACGGUUGCCACAGAUGUGAGCUCCACGGCACCGGACUCGCAGGGAGGCCUGUUGCGCCAGGUGCAGCGCUUCAACGAGCAGCUGGAGUGGGCGGCCAGGCGGCUGGAGCAACGCCGGCAGGAGUAG